CCAACAUAGUUCGUUAGGAGUGACAACAUGGCCAAGCUACACCUCACCAACGACGUGUUUAUGUCAGAGCUGACUCUGAUGUUUCACAAUGCCCGAACACACGGAGAAGUUACGACCACAAUAAAAAGAUAUGAUGGACGCACUCGCCCGCACCCUAAACCCAGAAAACUUAAGAAUGGCAAGAUGUCUAAAGUGAAUCCCUUGCCAGAACCUGACGAGUAUAGUUGCUUAUUACGGGCCAAGAGCAAAGACAAGAAAAUAAGCACAGUGGUUUCAGCUGCAGAUGCUCUCAAAUUUCAACUUCAGUUCUCCCAGUUUCUCCGAUCUAACAUGGAUGGCCUUAAGAAAGAAAAGAAAGCUAAGAAAAAGGUCAAGAAAGCUACUCAAUAAAUAGAAAGAAAGGAAGCUUUGGUUAACCUAUAUGGAAAUGCAUUAAGGUAAUAAAAGAGUUGAGGCCAUAUAAGCAGACUAUGCCAAGAAGAGCUUGGGUUGGUCUAGGGGCAUUCCUUUCCUCUUUGGUCUUGGUGAGAAAUAUUUCACAAGGGGACUGCAAUAUUAUGAUGGCUGUGACGUAUGAAAUAAGAUGCUUCAUUUUGUUAAGAGAUUGUGAUGUACUGUACAGGCUUCAUUCAGUUUGCAGUCUUCACUGUAUUUUGUGUUGACUGUGUGGGCUUAAAUGGUAGGAAAGGAAGGAAUUUAUUAUAGUACAGUAUACAGAACCUACUAAUGGAUAAUGGCUGCUAAUGGCAUACAGAGUUGGUGAGUGGCACAGGCCUUUUUUGGUAGAUAAGAACCCCAUGUAAUGCAAUAAUUGUUUGCAUUAUAGAUUCGUAAUUUUAUUUAUUUAUUUUUUGCAAGUUACUGCUUGGCCUCACUUACAAAUUGCAGUAAAAUAACUACCCUUUUAACAUUUCAUUCUCAAUGUCUGCUCACAGCUAGUAUGUUGAGCCCUAUUAAGUACUGUACUGAUAAUAAUAGGAUUGUAGGCUUCACAGGCAAAUGAGCACUAAACAUCGGUGUUGGGGGAGGGGGAUCCAUUUUACCUCACUAUCUUAGGUCCAUUGCAUCGCGUCAAUGAGGAAAGAUUUAAAAAGAGACUAAAACAGGAUUAGAAGGUAAAACUAUUAAACUUUAAUUAUUUAAAAAAAAA